AGUUUUUUGUCAACCGUUUAUUCUUUACUAUUUUUAGCAAGUGAACUAUAAAAAUACUUCUAUACUAUUUCUCUCAUGUGCAGCACACAGCUUUUGUCUUGCAGUCCUUAUUCCAGGGGCAGAACUGGCACCUUUGUUCUGACUGACCCAGCUGCAGCCUCAGGUGGAUCAGAUCCAACAGUCUACUGAGCGACCCAUGCUUUUAUUCUGAAGGACAUACUAGCUUCCGUCCUUCCAGCCGAACGCGAACAGUCAGCGAUAGAGGUUCGAGUGCUGUCAAACCGAGGGAAAUCCCUAGAAAGAUGCCAGGUUCGGAUCAGGAUCCAGCGCAGAACUCUGCGAUGACUCAGGAAAACAUUUUCCUCUUUGUUCCGAAUUUAAUCGGGUACGCCCGGGUGGUGUUGGCUCUGCUCGCCUUCUUCCUGAUGCCCUGCUGCCCGUGGCCAGCUGUCUUCUGCUACCUGCUCAGCGCUCUGCUCGACGCCUUCGACGGUCACGCUGCACGAGCGCUCAACCAGUCCACCAAGUUUGGAGCCAUGAUGGACAUGCUGACGGACCGCUGCGCCACCAUGUGUCUCCUGGUCAACCUGUCGCUGCUCUACCCCUCCUACACCUUCCUGUUCCAGCUCAGCAUGUGUCUGGACAUCGCCAGCCAUUGGCUACACCUGCACAGCUCCACAUUAAAGGGAUCCGGAAGUCACAAAACCAUCGACUUGUCUGGGAACCCAGUCCUCCGACUCUACUACACCUCAAAGCCGGUGCUGUUUGUGAUGUGUGCUGGGAACGAACUCUUCUUCUGCCUGCUCUACAUCCUGCAUCACAUAGAAGAUCCUGCAGCCUGGCUCUUCCAGCUGCUGGGAGUCUGUGGGAUCAUCUGUCUGCUGAAGUCCAGCAUCAGCGUCCUGCACCUCAUCACUGCCUCGCAGAACAUGGCCGCCCUGGACGCGUCCGAACGGAGGAUGCUGUCCAAGAAGUACUGAGAGGUCGGGAAGAGGCGGAGCCGCAAUGGUCGGGUUUACUCGUGUUCUCGUGGCAGCAUGUAUUAAAAAAAUUAUUUAUGACCAAAUUUGACACAAUAAUAUUCCACAUGCAGGCACCUGCGAGAACUUUCUGAGUUUGCUUUUGUUUGCUGCAGAUACGUCUGUCAUUUUCUGUCUGUACAUUUAGGAAUUAAAUAUCGGGACUCAGGAUUAGAACCGAAACAUCCCAAACACUGGAUUCAAAUGUUCUGAGAUCAAUAAGUUGGCAGAUUUAGUAAUUUCUGAAGAUUAUUUCCUUCCAGAGAUCACAGUGGGGUCCAGAGCCCUAACCUUCUCUGCUCAGAUGAAAGAACAAGAUGGCAGCAAUGCUGUUUCUAGCCACCAGGGGGCGCAAUCAGCGUUCAGACUCAGAUAUUAUGAAUUAUGAAAACAACAAAAUCCAUCAGUUUGGAGUUGCAUCAUGGAGAUAAGCAUGCAGUGAUGUUGGCCUCCAGGAACACCGUGAGUAGUUCUGAUGAUCACCUGAGUCCCACUGUCUCCAGAGGGAUCCACCACACAUCUCCAUCAGGUUCAUGAUGUCAUCUUUGGGAUUUGUGACUUUAGACACGUGCUAAAAUCCCUCCUGAGCGAUGAGAUCAGGUAGUCGGCUGGGCAGCACCAGGACAUGCGUCUCAUUGGUUCAGAAGGUUUGAAUUGGUUUCAUGUGGAAUGUUUCCAGAGUGGGUCGGUGGGGUGGAUGAUGUGUUAACCAGGUUCUGGUGUCUUCUAACAACCAGCUUAGAAUGAACUGCAAUGAUUGAACCAUUAAUUAGUCCUCAACAGAUGACCGAGACCACCCAGAACUUUCAUUGUUGUCCUGGGAUUGAAACAGAUCCAGGUCAGUCAUGUUCCUGAUUGGUUGCUGUGGCUUUAGGUGGCCACCAGGUGUCACUGUCCUGAGUGAGACUGAAGCCUUGAGGUGAGGAACCUUCAGAAGGUUUCACCUGCCCAUCACUACCUACAUCUCAGAUACGUUUGUCCUCAAUCUGUCCAGACUGGAUCACAUGACUGGAGAUGGAUGCUGGGUCCAGGAUGUAAAGAGGAUCAGUCUAUUUACCAGAACCAGUUCCAUGUCUGGAAGAUGUUGUUGGUGUCCACCUCACACACAACACACACAUGCAGAGUGACUGAUCCAGGACCAUGACCUUCCUGUUAUCUGUCAAGGUUCUCUGGAUCUACAGUUCUCCAUGUUCUGAGAGUCUUUCAGAGUCCAGAACCUCCAUGUUGUUGGAUUCAGUCACAUGUUGAUUCUUUGCUUCAGUCGUGCUCCACAGAAACAAGAAACAGAACAUUAGAGGAGCAGAAUCUUCUCAGUUUCUGUCUAGUGCUGUUCCCAUCUCCACACGCUGACGGAGGGAACCCGGCACAUAAAACGUCAUUCCUCAUGAAUUCAUCCGGGUCAAACUGGGUCUCUGAAAGCUUUGGUCUGUCUCGGUCCAUCUGAGUCCUGACUGGUUCGUUUUAUCUUCUCUGAUUCCUGUGAACUUGUUUCGAAAUGUUCGGUAUUUGGUGUCCAGGAGGUUAGAGGUUCCUGGUUCUGACGGAGCCGGGCUGACGGGUAAAAACGGUCCGUUUGCUGCUCCAAUGUAUUCAGCUGAACUGUUAGUAUUUUAUCAAAGGAGUGUUUUACAAAAAUGUAAUUUAUUUAUUUUCAUCAUGAUUGUUUUUUAAAUUUACUGUAAAAUUCCAAGAGAACUUCCCAAAAAAAAUGCUUCGGUUGUCGGGCCUAAAGCUUGUUGUUUUUCCAGGAAGCCGGUCCGGACCGUGAUCCGGUGUGGGGUUCGGUAUGUUCAGGGUACGGUGGCCUGGAAGUGUAAAAACAAAGAAACUGCAAAGAUCCAUCAAAUAAAGUGAAGCAAAAAAAGGAAGCAGAGGACAUUUUAAACGUGGACAGUUUGAAUUUGAGUUGCAGCAACUUGGGGGAAAAAUUAUUCUGGAAUGUUUUCUAGAUUGAUUUGGGCUUUUUGGGUCGGUCUUCAGGUGUAAACCAUCAAACAAGAUUGGUGUGUUGAGUUGCUGCAGAACCAAUGAAUGCAUUUAACAUUAAAAUGUCGUUAUGGUUUAAGGUUCUGCAACAGUUUGAUUGAAAAUGUGGGAAUGAGGUGAAAAAACUGGGAAUCUUUGGGUUUUUUCAUCUGUUCUUUAGUGUCUUUAUUUGUUUUUUAAUUUGAUGUAAAAAAUAAUGUUUGGCAGAAAUAAAGUUGUUGCUUCAGCUCA